AUGAAUAACCGUUACGAAAUUCCAGAGCGCAGAAAAUCGAAGAAGAGAUUGAUAAUCAUUAUUCCCGUUAUUCUUCUUGUGCUAAUCACAUUAACAGCUCUAAUUAUAAUUUUAUUAAAUAAUUACUUCAAAAGCAGAGAGAUCCAAGAUCAGCUACCGACAACUGUACCACCCCAACAACCAACUAUCUGUGUGUCCACUAAUUUAGUUGAUAUAAGCGAAAAAACGGAAAGUAGCAUUGUUAAAUGUCCGGAAAAGAAUGAUGUAGCAAAUGUGCUGCUACCUAAUCCCGAUAAUUGUUCAACUUUUUUUCAAUGUGUUGACGGUGAACUACAGUUGCUAUCAUGUCCUAUUGACUUGCAUUUCAAUGCGAAACUAAAAACUUGCGAUUGUAAAUGGGCUGCUGGAUGUCAGUCUUUCAUAACCAAUGAAACGACUACGUUCAUUCCCAAAUUUACCACAUCUACUCAAGCUAUAACUUCUACUAUCGAGCCCACAACUCUCUCUACUGAACCCUCUACUGAACCUACAACUCCCUCUACUGAACCCAUAACUCCCUCUACUAAACCCACAACUCCCUCUACUAAACCAACAACUCUCUCUACUGAACCCGAACCCACAACUCCCUUUACUAAACCCACAACUCCCUCUACUGAACCCACAACUCCCUCUACUGAACCCACAACUCCCUCUACUAAACCCACAACUCCCUCUACUAAACCCACAACUGUUUUGCCUUCCGAUGGUUGCAAAAAUGUCGCACCUGAUCCAUUUGGGAAAUAUCCAGUAUAUUGUCCCCCACAAGAAGGGCCGGAAGAUAAUUUUUUUUUUUCAAAUCCAAAAGAUUGUCAAAGUUUUUAUCAUUGCACAUACGGUAUACCUUAUUUGUGCAAAUGUCCAGGAAAUUUAUUCUUUAAUCCAAAAAAAGAAGUAUGUGAUUGGCCACGCAAUGUUAAAUGUCAUGUUGAAAACUGA